AUGGAUUCCGAAAGACGAAAAUCAGAAUUAGAUAAGAAAAUACAAAUAUUAAAAGCAUUGAGCAGAAGACAUGAAUUGAAAAAAGAACUUGAGUCACUUGAAUCAAAAGGACUUAAAGAGUCGACAAAAAAGGAAAAAGCAAGAAAAGAUGAACUUGAUGAUAAACUUGAUAUAUUACUUAAAAAUUUUCUUUUAACGAUAUUAUCAAAUGACAUUAUUCAAGAAUAUCCUGAAUUUAAGGGAUUGAGAGCUCAAUUGGUUGAAGAGCAAGCUAACCGUCAAAAGUUAAAAGAGGAAUCGAUUGAAAAAGAUGAACUUAAAGGUUUGCUUCCAGUAAAAAUAGAAAAUGACGUUAAUCAAAACUAUCAAGAAGUUGAGAUAUUUAACGGAGGUCUAUUUGUCGAAGAACAAGCUAACCAUCAGAAGUUAAAAGAGGAAUUGAUCGAAAAAGAUGAACUUGAUAAAGUUAAUGAACUACUUAAAGAUAUGCUUCCAGUAAAAAUAGAAAAUGAUGACGUUAAACAAAACUAUCAAGAAUUUGUGAUAUUGAAGGGAGGUCUAUUUGUCGAAGAGCAAGCUGACAGUCGGAAUUUAAUAGAGAUAAAUAAAUUAAAAACUGAAUUGGCAAAAACAAAAGUAAGUUUAUAUCUAGAAAAACGGAAAAGACUAGAAGUUGAAAGAAAACUGGGUGAAGAAAUAAAAGAAACGGACCAAAUUAAGCAGUUAAAAAAGGCUCAAAAUAGUUUAAAACAAAAUAAAGAAGUAAAUAAUGUUAAUAAUAGUCUAAAACAAAAGGAAGAUCUGCUAAAAGAAGAAAACAGUAAUGAAGAAAAAUUACAAAUAGAAGUAAAUGAAUUAAAAAAUAGCUUAGCAAGAAAAGAAAAAGAAAUAGAACAACUAGAAACUCGGCUUAAAAAUUACCAAAGUAUAAGUACAUCAAUUAAGCAAACAGAAAAAGAGUUAGAAAAAAAGCGAAAUGAAUAUAUAAGUGGAAUGGGUCUUAAAAUUUUCAACAUAACAGGAAAAGAGAAAGAAAAGGAAGAAAUAGAGGAUAAACUCGAUACCUUUUUAGGAGCUACAGAUGAAUUAACGCGUAGGCCAGGUAAUGAUUUUGUCAUUGGAGAAAAAAAAAAAGCUAAAGACUACUUAAAUAAAAAGCCUGGCUAUCAAAACCAUCGAAAGUUAACCGAUCUUGAGAAAAAACAAGAAGAGCUUGCCAAACUAGAGAUGCUAUUAGAAGGCUCACAAGAUGAAAAUGAAUUAAAAGGCUCACAAGAUGAAAAUGAAUUAAAAGGUUCUCAAGAUGAAAAUGAAUUAAAAGGCUCUCAAGACGAAAAUGAAUUUAAAAAUCAAAUUACUCAAAUUAGUUCAAAAGAAAAUAAAAAUGAUAAUAAGGCAAUUGUACCAAAAUAUGAAAAAAAAGAAUUUGCAGCAACUUUUGGAAUUUCUCCUAUUCCUGCCAUAGGUGUUCCACCAGUUGGUUUAGGAGUGACAUAUAAAUCUGAAAUUCAAAAUUAA